ACCGGCGUUUGUUCGCUUCAUCGGGUAUUUGUGCAGAUUGUGGCUUUAGUUAGUCUCUUUGCUCUUGAACCGUGGGAAUCGAUAGUAAUUCACCGCACCGAUUUCCAAUCGACGAAAAACCAAACGAUUUAAAUUAAAACUAUUUCGUGUCAGAAGGUGUUUUUUUUUUGUUUCUCUUCUCUUUCGUCUUUUGCAAUUCGACAAAAUUGUUCGUUUGGUUUAUUUUUUUUUGUCUUCUUUCAAUUACGUUGGCUACUCGGUGAAACCGUAAAUGUAACAUAUUGCAACCAAUGUUGAUUUAAAUUGAAUUGUUUGCUUAAAUUGUACCAAUAUUCGUGGUUGAAAUCCAUCGAUUACUCGAAUUUUUGAGUAAAAACACAUAGAAUGCAUUGUGAAUAACUUCGUUUAUCGAAAAGAAUACCAAAUGUUCGCACAAAAUUUAUGUUUUAGUUGUUUUUUGUUGAGUUUUUGAGUGGAAUUUUCACUCGAUUUCUUCACAACAUUCUCUCGCAAACUGCCAAAUAAAUAACAUAGCAAACAAGUGAAGGCGAAAUAAAAACGCAGCAACAACCAAAGAGAGAUGAAUAUCUGAGUAGCUAGGAAAAGAAAAACCCAACACAAAACGAAACUGUUGAAAACUUAGAGGAAACAAAAAGCAAGAAAAAAAGAAGUGACGAAAAACGGCGAACACACAAGAAAACAAUAAAACAAACUGAGCUAAUAAUAAUCAAGUUGACUUGAGAAAAUCUGCAAAAUACGACGAGACAAAAUCAGAAAAAAGAAACAAAAAAAACAACAACCAAAGAAAAAGAGAUUACACAUCUGAUAAAAAGUGACAAGAGCAAAAAGAAGAAGCAAACACACGAGAACAAAACAACAACAAAAAAUCACUCAAGAUUUGUGUGUCGGAAGGCAGAGGAAAAAAGUGUAUGUGCAUUAAGAAAAACACGUCAUCGUGUUGCAGUCACCAAACGAGAAGAAAAAACACACUAUUCAAACUAAAAAUGGAGUCACAAGGAAAUGUAUCAAGGCUAGCGAAAUUGCAGAUUCGAUAUCAGCAAAAGCAAAAAGAAGAAAUGGAACGAAAACGUAAUGAAUUCAUCGGUUCUCGACCACCCGUUACGCCGCUCGAUCUCAGCGAUAAUAAUAAAAUCCAAAUUGGAAAUGGCAAGGUUCGGCAAAUGUUUGAUGAACGACGUCAGCGUGUCACAGGUAUUGAUAAAAGUUAUCCACUUCAGCCAAUAUCGUCGAGAAUUGUGUCGAAUAAUUCGGGUCGUCAAACGAAAAAUACGACCUCUGUUAAGCGAACUGUCAACCCAAAUCAAAACGGAAUUUACGAACACUCCUUGAAAUUGUCUGCCCGAAAUGGUGGCGGCGGUGGUACUGGCGAUAUGAAACAUUAUCCGCAAGCGACGACCAUAACAACAAAUAACCGUUUCAACCGAAAUGCCGUAUCGAGCAAACUUAGUGAUAUUGACUACAUUGAAAACGAGCAAACACCAGACAUUUUUUCCCAGUUGGAUGACAUCGAUAGUUUGGAAAGUGGACGACGAUUCGGUGGCAUGGAACGACAAAUGGCAAAUUUGAGUGUAGGCGAUAAUAAUUCGUAUGGCAAUACCAGUGCUAAUAUUAAAUUAGGACCGGUCAUUACGAGAAAGACAAUGACGCAUAAUAGCGCAAGUUCAUUGAACACCAAUAAACGGCUACCGCCACAACCGGCAAAAGCGCGCUCCAUCCCAAUUACACCGCAAAAAUCAAGCGUUACUUACAAAAAUGAAGCGUCUUGGCCCGUUUCACCGACUCGAAAGGUCACCAACGGAAGCAUUACCUCGGGCAGCAAUACACCGUCAUCGCGCAGCAGCGCUUCAUCAACUGCUUCAGCCAGCAAAGCUGCAGUGACUGGUCCACCGCCCGAAGGAAUGGUAGCGUGUGGCAUUUGCGGACGAAAUUUCUAUGAAGAUCGCAUUGAAAAACAUGAGACAAUUUGCAAAAAGACAUCGACCAAGAAGCGUAAGGUAUUCGAUGUAACUAAGCAUCGUGUUCAGGGUACCGAAGCGGAGGCAUACGUCAAGAAGGCGCAGAAAACGAAGAAAAAACCGGAAGCACCUGCAAAGAAAAGCAAUUGGCGUAGAAAGCACGAGGAGUUCAUUGCGGCUAUUCGUAGUGCAAAACAAGUGCAACAGCAUCUUGCCAAUGGUGGAAAAUUAUCCGAUUUGCCACCGCCGCCCGUAUCGGAGAACCCGGAUUAUGUGCGAUGCCCGACGUGCAAUCGUUCCUUUAAUGAAACGGCUGCCGCCCGACAUAUACCCAAAUGCGCCAGCUAUCAAUUUAACAAACCGAAAACGAACACUAAAACAGCCGCAACCCUUGGCAAAAAGCGAUUUUAAUUUUUUUGUUUGUUUUUUUUUUUUUUUUUUAAAUAAGAAAAGAAAACCGAUUAAAUAACGACUCGUGGCCUUAUUACAUAUCUCUCCCUCUAUCUCUUAACAUUUGCCGUAUGAUUAAUAUUAGAAAAAUUCUGAUUUUGUUUGAGCCAUGCAAUUGAAGAGACACUUUUUUUCAAACUACUAACCCGACCAAUUUACCAGUAACAAACAGUAAACAUGUUUUUUUGUCUAUAACCUUGAUGUGAUUUGAUAUAUUAAAUAUUUAAGAUGAAAAUCGUU